UGCAUUUACAAGAAGCGGCAGAGUACCUACCUAAUUUAAAAAUAAACGAAGUAUAAUAUGUAACGGACAAACCGUCUCCAUUCCAUCGCGUGUAAAAAUAUCAUUUUACUUUCUUUUGCUGUUUAUGUUCUCAACGUAAAAAACACUUUAGGUAUCAUAUAUUAGGCAGCGCGUGGGACGCAGCAUGACUUGAGGCUUCUAAUUUCGGCAAACGAUCUCCCGAUAAGGGAAGAUUUCUCUCAGAGUUUCCUUUAUGGGACUGAUGUCAAAAAGGCUAUGGCCUCUGUUACGAAAAAAAGGAUGAGUCAUUGAUAAAAAAGUAAAAGUCAUUGAUUACAUAAAUCCUGAGAAAAUUAUAGUUAUUAGAGGAAUAUAUUGAAAAUAGAAUUGAUUAACUUCGAAGCAGUGUCCAGACGGAACAAUUUUUCACACAAUCUGAUCAAACUGUCAAUUUGAUCAGGUGGUGUGGACGCAUAAUAUGAAACUGGCUCACCUAAUACACUUGAUUCGUUUGUAAGAUUAUGACCGAUCAAAUGGAGCUACGGACGCAAGAAUGUCAAUUUUGAUUAGAGGCAUGUUUUUUUAUUUUUAUUUUGAGUGCUCGGAUGGAUGGACGGAGGGACCAUAAAUCUAAAAUUGGUGAUUCAAUUGUGUACGUGUGACUCUUGAUGAGAUUGAUGCCAAUAUUUCUGAGCAAAUUGUCAAAUUUGAUUGCAUCGUCCGGACUUCAUGUUAUCCUAGAUUUUAGAACCUUAAUAUAUAAUACAUUUUUAGAUAUGUUCGUUGAGGUCCUGAAUCGUCGAAUCUUUUCUUCGAGGCGACUAAUGAGUAUUUUUCUGUUGUUUCAGGUUUCCUAAAUGUCAUAGCCCAAAUAAGAUGCCAGUAUCCAGCUCUUCACCCGGGUAGUGUCGUUCGCGCAGACCCCGGCUGAAUGGCACAGUCCACACCAACCCAGAAACCCACCCUGGCAGUUCUCAACACCAAGAAAAAGGUCCCCCGAUUCCAUGCAAAUAUACUACAACACACAAACCACCCAAAACCAUGGACCAUUUGGUAACGCACCAAAUUUUCAACCAAGUUACCAAAGUUACCAGAACCAAGGCCCUCAAAAUUACCAAAGCAGAAGUUCCAUUGACCUUAUUAAUUCAGAAACCAGGGACAACCCAAGCGAUCCACGUUUGCUCUCUGAUUCUGCUUUCACCAGGAUAUCAGAAACUUUAGGUGCCAUAAACACAGUAGGCCAUUACCUCGUUGACAUGGUCAAUGAGGAAGAGAAAGACGAAAGCGAUCCUAAUCUGAAACAACUUCCACAAGCUUUAUACACCAUUAGUAAAAACGUCCUAGGCAGAAACGUAACAGACAAAAUAGCUCCUAUAGUUAAAAAGGCGUUACCGAGAGUUUUACCUGAUGCACCUAUUACUAAAAUAGCUACAGGAGAUACUCAGGAUUCAAAAUCCUGUACAACGCCUGAAGGAGAAGCUGGAAUAUGCGAGGACUUAAGCAACUGUCCUCAACUACUUCUGAACUUAAUAAGUCUCCGUGAAUCUCUCUGCUUUAAAGACUUAUUUGUCCCUGGAGUUUGCUGUCCUAAGAAUGCCAUAGUGACGUCAACGCCGGCUGUUGAAAAACCGGUGGUAGCGACUACUAGCAAGCCGACUUACCUAGUACCAGUGACUACUCCUCGGCCGUCCAAACCGACGACGACUAAGAGACCAUCGGCAGUACUUGUGUUGACGACGAAACGGCCACGGCCUGCGACGACGCACAGGCCUUCGAGCGUGACGACUGCUAGACCGCCUUCUACUACGUUCGCAACAGUACCGCCUCCUGUUAUCGCUAACUUCUCAAAUAUUGUGGAUAUAAGCGAGUGCGGGCAGCGCGAAGACGAAGGCGGCCGCAUAGUGGGCGGCACGGAGUCUGCGCCCGGCGCGUGGCCGUGGAUGGUCGCCAUCUACCUUCAUGGGAAUAAGCGGAGAGAGUUCUGGUGCGGAGGCACUUUGGUAGGCACGAGGCAUGUGCUUACAGCUGCACAUUGCACCAGGGACUCUAAGCAAAGACCUUUCCCGCCACGUCAAUUCAGUGUGCGCCUGGGAGACGUAGACCUGUCCCGAGAGGACGAGCCGUCCAGGCCGGUGACGCUGCGGGUCGUGGCUGUGAAGGCUCACGAGCAGUUCUCUAGAGUGGGGUACUAUAAUGACAUCGCUGUUCUAGUUCUCGGUGAAAACGUCCAAAAAUCAAAAUACGUGAUCCCUAUCUGCCUGCCGACGGCCGACUUAUACCGGCAUCAGUUCGAUGGUUCAGUGGCAACCGUCGUCGGUUGGGGCACCACUCGCUACGGCGGAACUGAGAGUUCGAGACAACUGGAAGCAAAGCUUCCUGUGUGGAGGAAUGAAGAUUGCGACAAGGCGUAUUUCCAACCCAUCACGGAAGCGUUUUUGUGCGCUGGGUACGCGAGGGGUGGCGUAGAUGCGUGCCAGGGUGACUCAGGCGGGCCGCUAAUGCUGCAAGUGAACGGGCGCUGGACGCAGAUAGGCGUCGUGUCGUUCGGCAACAAGUGCGGCGAGCCGGGCUACCCUGGCGUCUACACCCGGCUCACGCAUUACGCUGGCUGGUUGAACCAGAAUCUAGUUUAGUAACCUUUUUCAUGACUUCAUACUGGAUUCCCUAUGCUCGAGGAGCCAGGGUAUCCUGGUGUCUACACCCGUGUAUCCCUUUAGGAUCAACUUAUCAUGACUUUAUCUUCAUUUUUUGUGAUAUCACGUCGGUAGCAAACAAGCAUACGGCCCGCCUGAUGGUAAGUGGUCACUAUAGCCUAUGGAC